AUGUAGAAUUUAAAGCAUGAAACAAAGCAGUUUGUUAAGUACCUCGGCGAGUUGAGCACUUAUGAAAUUCUUUAAUGCAUUUUGUCUGGCAUUUUCGGAAUUUUAAUCUGUGUAUUCACUAGCGCAAUAGUAAAUACAACUUUGGUGGAGAUCUCAAUAAAUAUCAUCUUUGCAUUUUAUUUCGGUGUUUGCUUUUUGAUGAUCGGCAUAUUGCUAGUUAUGAGAAUUUAAAGUCUUCCUGAAACUUCCGAAAUGGGAAAAAGAAAGCCUUUCCUUUUCAUAUUUUCAUGCAUGGUUAUUGUUUCAGGAACUUUUUGCUUUUUCCUUGAAGACAACUGGUUCAUAAAGUUGCCUCCCUUUGAAAAAGGUCCUAUUUAUACAAUAAUUUCGAUGUCAUUGAAUUUCUGUGUAAUCUUUUCAAUAGUUGAUUUGAUGAAUUUCUUUAUGGGAUUCUGCUAGAAAUCUCAUUAAAAAACAAUGGUAGAAACACCCAAACAGAUCGCAGUUACAUUAUUUUUAAGUGUAGUAAUGGGGUUGUUUUAUGGCAUAAUCUUCUCAAUAUUUGAUUUAGAAGAUCAACGUGGAGCUAAAUUAGACUCAUAAUUGAUAUAAGACGAAUAUUAUUGCAUUCCAAUCGCAUCUAUCUUAGGUUUUGUAGGUGGGUUUAUUAAUGAACUUUUAAGAAUAAGAGGAGAUUAUCUACCAAUCAUCUUCACAAGACAAGAAGACCCCUUCAACGAAGAAAUCUGA